AUGUCAAGGGUUUUGUUAAGUCUGCUGUGUAGACCGACAUCGUCGGGCUCGUUGAUCAUCCUGGGUGAAUAUUUAGCGAAAAGUGAGAAUGCAACGUCUAGCUCAUCACAAUCCGAAGAGAUUUCAGCACCAAGUGUUGCCGAGAUACGUCAGCUUAUACUGCAACGUGCACGACUCUAUUUCACGAACAAGGACUCGUUGAAUCUGGAACGUUUGGUUUGUCAUUAUUCGGUGGUCGCUGAGCAGCCGUUUACACUUGUGUACGUUUGCAUUGCCGAGCCAGGUUUGGCACACGCCAAAGCAGCGUUGUUCUUGGAUAAACUUCAGAAUGCAGUUUCAAAUGAUGUGACGCUGCUGACAUGUCUAUCGGAUUCGCAAGAUUACCAGUUCCAGACUCGAAUCGCACCGAAAUUCGCUGAGUUAACGAUGGAACAGAAUAAACAGGGUGGACAGUCGGCACGGAUGUCGCAAUUGCAACAGCAAGUGGCCGAUGUGAAGACGGUGAUGAAUUCAAAUGUGCAACGGAUACUGGAACGUGGUGAUCGACUGGAAAAUUUGGAAGGCAGAACUGAAGCGCUCACGCAAUCGUCAGAAAGUUUUAAAGUGACGGCGCGUCGUGUACAACGUCACAUGUGCAUGCAGAACGCCAAGUGGACAAUAUUGAUAGCGAUCGGGACGGCAGUGGUGGUGAUUAUAAUCGUGAUGAUGAUUCUGAAUAGUGUUGGCGUGUUUGAUAAGCAUUAAUUGUAUUUGACUUUGUAUAUAUUAGUGCGUGAGCACAUUUGAUAUUUAAGUGUGAUACUUUGCAUGCUCGAAAUAUUUUGUUUUGUAUUAAUAAUAUAGAUGAUU